CUCGCAAGCGAUCGAAAUGAAGCAGAGCAGCCUGCUCGUCCGGCGAGCGGCUUCCAACACCGGGCUUCUCCUCAUCCUGCUGCUCGUCGCCUUCACCGUGAGCAACUACUCCUCGCUGAUGCUGAGCCCACGCCAGUACAUCGGUGCAUCCGACGAGGCCACUGCCUCUCGUGGGACGUCGGCGAGAUCGUCGACCCGUGCUAGCAAAGCCGACGACGGCGGCAGCGGAGGCGCGGCGUGCGACAUCGCGAGGGGGGAGUGGGUGCUCGACCCGGCGGCGCCGUACUACACCAACGAGACGUGCCCGCUGAUCGACAGCCGCCAGGACUGCAUGAGGUACGGCAAGCCGGGUCUGGAGUCCAUCCUCCGGUGGCGGUGGCAUCCGCACGGCUGCGACCUCCCCCGCUUCGACGCCGCCGCCUUCCUCCGCCUCGUGCGUGGCAAGUCCAUGGCCUUCGUCGGCGACUCCGUCGCCCGCAACCACAUGCAGUCGCUCAUGUGCCUCAUCUCCAAGGUGGAGCUCCCGACGGAGAUCGAGGCCAAGGAGUGCAUCCACUGCACGCGCAAGUACCACUACCGCGCGCACAACUUCACCGUGUGCGUGUUCUGGACGCCGUUCCUGGUCCGGUGGAACCUGACGCGCGCCGGCGCGCUGCAGUUCAUGGACCCGCACAACGUGUUCCUCGACGAGGCCGAUCCGGAGUGGACGCGCGACAUCGCCGGCUACGACUACGUCGUCCUCAACGGCGCCAAGUGGUUCACCCGACCGACCAUGCUCUACGAGGGAGGCCGCCUCGUCGGGUGCAAUAACGACUGCGGCCGCGAGCCUAACGCCACCGCCACCGCCAACGCGCCGCCGCACUACGCGGUGAGCGUGUCGUUCCGGACGGCGCUCCGCGCGCUGCGCGAGCACCCGGGGUUCCGCGGCACGGUGAUCGUCCGGACGGUGGCGCCGCCGCACUACGAGAACGGCAAGUGGUACGACGGCGGGAACUGCCUGAGGACGCGGCCCAUGCUGAGCAACGAGAUGGGCCUCCCGGAGACGGAGGCCGCGUUCCACGCCGCGCAGGUGGAGGAGUUCCGUGCCGCGGCGAGCGCCGCGGCGGCGGGCAGGUUCUUGCUGAUGGACGUCAGCGAGAUGAUGCAGAUGCGAGGCGACGGGCACCCUGGACAGUACGGCCACUGGCCGCACGAGAAGGUCGGCUUCGGCAUCGACUGCGUCCAUUGGUGUUUGCCCGGCCCGGUCGACGCCUGGAGCGAGCUGCUGCUCCACUUGCUCAGUGGUUAG